AUGUUCGCCGUGACUGGUGUGCCAGUCGUACUCCGGACAGACGGCGGGCCACAGUUCGCCUCCUCUACGCUGCGCCGUUUCCUGGAGAGGUGGGGCGUUCGGCAUGAAAUGUCGUCACCAAGAUAUCCCCGCUCUAACGGGCAUGCGGAGGCGGCCGUGAAAACUGUCAAGAAGCUGGUGGUGGCCGCGUCAUCCAGCGGUCGGCUCGAUGACGAACAGCUCGACAGAGGCCUUCUGGAGCUGCGCAACGCUCCGCGCGCCGAUGGUCGAUCCCCGGCGCAGCGGGCCGCCGAUGAGUGUGACGAGAAGGCUGCUGAGGUCGCAGAGGACGUCAGAGACCGGCACGACUCACGAGCGCGUCCGCUCUCCAGUCUACGGAUCGGCUGCAAGGUGGACAUCCAGAACACCGAUACCAGGCGUUGGGAUCGCACCGGCGUCAUCGUGGGCAUCGGUCGGCGGCGGUCGUACCUGGUGAAGCUGCCCAGUGGGCGCAUAUGGUGGCGGAACAGGAGGUUCCUCCGGCCGCUGCGCUCCAUGCUGGUGAGCACGGGGCCGUCCUCACCGCGGCUAGCCGGCCCAGCCCAACCAGUCAGCCACGAACGACUGAUCAUCCCAUCCGAGCUGGAGGUGACCCCCGCGUCGCCGCCGCCCUCUCCGCCGAUGACGUCGCCGCCGUUGCCGAUCCUUCGCCGCAGUGGCCGGGACCGGCGACCGCCAUCCAGGCUCACUGUCCGUUGGGGAGGCUGCUCCUACGAAUAG